AAUCGCUUUCGGUCUGUUUGUAUUCCACAUGUUCCUUGCCCAUAUUAUUCAGGGCUGAUGGGGACUCUCAGAGAUCUUCAGUUCGCACUUCAGCUGAAGAUUGAGGAGUUACGGCAGAGAGAUGCUCUUAUCGACGAGCUGGAGCUGGAGCUGGACGCUAAAGACGAUCUGAUCCGCCGCCUGCAGGGGGAGCUCGACCGUCUGCGGCUCUCCGCUCCUGGCGCCUCAGCAGCUGGUCAACAACGUGUUUCUUCCCUGAGAGUGAGGAGAAAAGCUCUGCUAACAGAACCAGUUACCUUGGAGCCGAAACUAGUCUUACAAAACCCACCAAUCAGCCACAGCAAGAGUCAAGAGUCACAGCGGCUGAUAGAAUCGGCUCUGGCAGAAAAUGAGUGUAUGAAAUAUCUAGACAGGGAUCAGAUGCGGUGUUUGGUGGAUUCUGCCUAUCCCAUGACGCUCAAACAGGGUGUGAGUGUUGUCCAGGAAGGGGAUAAUGGGACCCAGGCAUAUAUAGUUGAAGAGGGAAAACUGGAGGCAUCCAGGGCUAGCCAGAGGCUGCACAUCAUUGAGCCGGGGAUGAUGUUUGAAGAACUGGCCCUCAUUCAUAACCACACCUGCUCCACUACUGUCACAGCUCUGGUGAGCAGCAGGCUGUGGGUGAUGGAGGGUCAGGUGUUUCAGAGGAUCAUGCAGAGGAACGGCCUCGCCGCUAUCACACAGUCUCUGCAUAUCCUGCGCAGUGUGGCACUGCUCUGUGUGUUUCCAGAGGAUGUUCUCGUGAAAGUGUCUGAUUCACUGGAGGAGUCUCACUACAGUGAUGGUGAUUAUAUCAUUCAAAAUGGAAAUCCAGGAGACAAACUGUACAUUCUGAGUCAAGGCCAGGUGGAAGUAUUAAAGGAGAGUAUGAUGGUGUCCGUCCUCACCAGAGGGGAUUGUUUUGGAGAGAGAGGAGACGACGUGAGGUCGAUGAGCGCUCUUGCCGCAGGCGAUGUGACAUGUCUGGUCAUAGACAGAGAGGUUUUCAAAAAAGUAACUGGAGGCUUGGACGAUGCCAGAAAAAAUCCGAGCAACAAGGCCAGAUCGGAGGCAGAUGAAGAUGGGUCUGCGUUUGGUGAAACGUCUCUCAGCAGUUUUCAGAUGCUGUGUAAUCUUGGAGAAGGACAGUGCGGUCACACUCAGCUCGUCCGUUUGAAGAGUGACUCCAACUGUAAGUUUGCAUUGAAGACCAUUAGAAAACAGGCGAUACAGAGCCCAGGCCAAAGAGAGAGGAUACUCGCAGAGAAACACAUCCUGAUGGAUCUCCAAAGUCUGUUUAUAGUAAGGUUGCAUUGUACCUAUAAAGAUGAUCGGUGCCUGUAUAUGCUGAUGGAGGCUUGUGAAGGUGGAGAUCUGUGGAAUUUACUGAGAGAGAGGGGGUCACUGGAAGAAGAUGCCGUUCGCUUCUAUGCAGCGUGUGUGCUGGAAGCUCUUAGUGCACUACACGCCAAAGACAUUGUUCACAGAGACCUGAAACCUGAAAACGUGCUCCUGGACCAGCGAGGAUAUGCUAAACUGACAGGGUUUGGUUGUGCUAAGAAGCUGGGCUCUUUGCACAGAGCCUGGUCGUUCUGUGGAUCUGUGGGUUAUCAGCCUCCAGAGGUCAUUCUGCAUCAAGGUCACGGUCUGUCCGCAGAUCUCUGGGCUCUAGGGAUGUUGCUGUAUGAAUUGCUCAAUGGCAGUCCCCUGUUCUCUGGCUCGGAGCAGCUGAAGGUUUAUACAGCAUCUCUGAAGGGAAUAGAUGAGCUAGAGUUCCCAAAAACCAUCAGCAGGACUGCAGCACAUCUCAUCAAGAGCCUCUGCAGGCUCAACCCCUCAGAGAGACUGGGCCAGAGGAACGGGGUCAAGGACAUCUGCAAACACAUGUGGUUUGAAGGCUUCGACUGGGAAGGACUUCUGAAGGGCACAUUGACUCCACCAGUAAUAACAAACGUUCCCUGUGUCUCUGAUCAUGGAGGAUCAGCACUCCUGCCAGAAACCCACACUGAAGCAGCACCACUGGAUGAUUCUGGCUGGGAUGUAGACUUUUGAUUUGUACAAUGGUGAUAUUGACCAUGUAAACUGGGAAAAAA